UGGGUGUGAAGCCUUUUGCACUGGAAUGAUUGCCUGUGAAAGGGGCGGCCCUUGAGCGUGGAAGAAAGGCAAGGUUGUCCGCCUCUGCGACCAUCGCAAGGAGCCAGCAGCUUUCUAUAUAGAUAACAGCUCCGUCUCUGCGGGAUAACACGAUUUGGCCUACUAGUUCCGCGUGCGCGCGCGUUGUAUGUGUAUGCGUGUAUGAAGGACGACCCCUCCUUGAACGAGAGCUCUGCGCGCGAGUUUACUACGCACAUGUGUACACAUCAGGUCUCCCCUCCAAUUCUUCUGUAGCUUUUAGCUACGCCGUGGACACGCAACGGCGUUAUUUACGGUAAGGUGGAGUGGACCCGACGGUGGCUCCGUGUCAGGUGAUCUGAGGCGAGGAACUACCGCCGCCGCCGCCCAACCAAGACCGCCGCAGCUGCUCUUGCUCUUGUCCGGAGGAGAAGGGAGGAAAAAUGCAAAAUGGCCCAGCAGAAGCUGCAGCGGGCUUAUGAGGAGGGGCUGCCAGGCGCACCCCAACCCACCCCCCCGGCCCUGACGCGCGGGGACAACGCUAAGCGUUGAGUCCCUCCUUUCCCGCCGCCAGCCCAGACGUGCGCCCGCUUCCUUCGCUCCCCGAAGGGCCAUCCAGACAUGGGGCUCUGCUACAGCCUGCGUCCGCGGCUCUUUGGCGAACCCGGCACAGCAGCAGGCGGCGGCUCCAUCUCCAGCGCUGCCGCCACGACCACCUCGGAGACAGAACAGCAGCCAUCGCCACCGCCCACGGCAGAACCCUCGGCCCGGCCGCCGCCGCUUCUCCUCGGAGCCCAGGCCGGGAGAGCCAAAGGCAGAAGCGCAGCGAAAGGAAGCGGCAGCAACAGCAUCAGCGGCGAGAGCGAAGGAGCCGCUGGAAAGGCGCGCGCGGGGGAGGCGGACGGGCCGCUGCUGCUCUUGCAAAACGGAGAAGGGAACGGGGCGGCUCCCCGGGAGAAAGAACGGGAAUCGCUGCAGGGGCCGCCGGCAUCUCAGGCCAAGCCUGCCGCUGGCAAACAACAGUCUCUGGCGCUGCAGAGACCCUGGGAGAAGGGACGCUUGGAAGAGCGGGAGGCGGAGAAGGAAGCGAGGCGAGUCAGCAAGAGCAUUGACCGGGCGCUCAAGGAACAGAAGCGGGAAUACAAGCAAACGCACCGCCUGCUGCUGUUGGGGGCUGGUGAAUCAGGAAAAAGCACUAUUGUCAAGCAGAUGAGGAUCUUGCAUGUAAAUGGAUUUAAUUCAGAAGAAAAGAAACAAAAAAUUCUGGAUAUUCGGAAAAAUGUAAAAGAUGCAAUUGUGACUAUAGUUUCAGCAAUGAGCACUUUAAUACCUCCUGUUCCAUUAGCUAACCAAGAAAACCAAUUUCGAGCGGAUUACAUCAAAAGCAUAGCUCCACUUUCUGACUUUGACUAUACCCAGGAAUUCUUUGAACAUGCAAAAAAGCUCUGGGAUGAUGAAGGAGUAAAGGCAUGCUUUGAGAGAUCAAAUGAAUAUCAACUGAUUGACUGUGCACAAUACUUCCUAGAAAGAAUAGACAGUGUCAGUCUGCCUGAUUACACGCCCACAGAUCAGGAUCUCUUAAGGUGCCGGGUUUUGACUUCUGGGAUUUUUGAGACAAGAUUCCAAGUAGACAAAGUAAAUUUUCACAUGUUUGAUGUAGGUGGUCAGAGAGAUGAAAGAAGAAAAUGGAUCCAAUGCUUUAAUGAUGUCACAGCUAUUAUCUUCGUUGUGGCCUGUAGCAGCUACAAUAUGGUCAUAAGAGAAGACAACAACACAAACAGAUUGCGCGAGUCCUUAGACCUCUUCAAAAGCAUCUGGAACAAUAGGUGGUUACGGACAAUUUCUAUAAUUUUGUUCUUGAACAAACAAGACAUGCUUGCUGAAAAAGUCUUGGCAGGAAAGUCUAAAAUUGAAGAUUAUUUUCCCGAAUUUACACGUUACACUGUACCUGAAGAUGCAACACCAGAUGCAGGAGAAGAUCCCAAAGUCACAAGAGCAAAGUUUUUUAUUCGGGAUGAAUUUUUACGAAUAAGUACGGCAACCGGAGAUGGAAAGCAUUAUUGCUAUCCACAUUUCACAUGUGCAGUUGACACAGAAAAUAUUCGGAGAGUGUUCAAUGAUUGUAGAGACAUCAUUCAGAGAAUGCAUCUUCGUCAGUAUGAACUAUUGUAAUUAAGGACACCAUGGAGUCCGUGGUUUUAAGCAUCUUUCUUUCUUGGCUUCCUCAGAUGAAGUAGAGGAAGAGAUACUAGAUCCAUCUGCCUCCUCAGUUCGUUUACUUUUAUUAGACUUUCUAGCCAGCCCAUGCUUUAGGGACAAUAUGUGUGUUUUAUUUUUAUAUGCCACUUCUUUGUCAUUCCACUGAAGUCUUUGGCUACCUCUGUUUUCUUUGGUUUGGUUGUAAAUUUUUGUUUAUGUUUAAUUAAUUGGACAUAGUCUGCUAAUUUUUUUUCAGCAGACUUUUUAGUUCAAGCUGGUAUCU